AUGCAGCGCACACUUCAGAAGCUCGUCGCGGCCCACGAGAGCAAGGCCACCAGCGCUGACGGAGCUGUGGCACACGGCAACCCAAAGAAACAACAGUUUGUUCGCGCUGACCUCAAGGCAGGCGUCAACGUCAUGAUCAUAGCAGCAGGGCGAGAGGUAGACGUACCAACGGCGCCACUGGACCGGGACGGCGUCGCGUAUCGGCUGUGGAAGCAGCGUGUCUGGACGCUAGCGGAAGACUUGGACAAGAAGGUCAACGCUGCGCUUGGGAGUAUCGACGGUAAAGGCCGAUCCAAAACCGCGGGGUCGCUACGGAAGCGCUGGAGAAAGCUGCGCGCUGACCACCGCUCUGCGUACGACGCGCUCUGCUCAGCAUUUAUCACCCGCAAAGCGAACGGUGGCAUCGUCGACCGCUGCACACCAGCUAGUCACCAAUGGAAGCAAAAAGACUUGGAGUCGUAG